UAUCCUCAUCCUCAAAAUCAUCAAAAGAAAAGAAACGAAAAAAAAAAGUCGGACGAACGAGACACUCUCGCCACGGUCAGGCGCCACAGCGGGGCAGCAUGAUGCUGCCGGCGGCGUGCGUCCGGCGCCUGGCCACGGCCGCAGCGGCGCCGCUCUCCGACCUCACGGACGCGCUGCUCGCCACCCGCCUCGCCAACCACCUCCUCACCACGCCGCACAUCCCGCCCGCGCUCCUGCCCGCCGCGCCGCUGCCGCUCCCCGUCCGCCUCCACGUCCUCCGCCACCCCGCCCUCCCGCCCACCUCCAAGCUCUCCUUCUUCCUCGCCGCCACGCCGCCCGCCUCCCCGCACCUCGCCGCCACCUUCCCCGUCCUGCUCCGCGCGCUCGCCACGCACUCCCCUCCGCUCCUCGACGCGCUCCUCCCCUUCGCGCUCUCCUCCCCGUCCCCCGACGCCCUCCUGCCCCGCCUGCUCUCCGCGCUCCUCUCCGCCUCCCGCCUCGACGCCGCGCUCGCGCUCCUCCAGGACGCCCCUCCCGACCUCCUCCCGCGCCUCGCCGCCGCCGCCAUCCCUUCCCUCAUCGCCUGCCCUGACCCCCUCUCCGCCGUCCCCGCCAUCCGCAGGCUGCUUCCCAUCGCCUCCCACCCGCCUCACGUCCGAGCCACCAACCGCCUCCUCCUCGCCCUGUCCAAGGCGAACCUCUACGAUGACUUCUGCCAUGUGUUCGACGAAAUGUCAAGGAGGGGCCUUCCUUCCAACUUGAGGUUCUACAACAUUUGCAUCCACGCCUUCGGCAAGUGGAAGCGCCUGGACAAGUCCCUCAAGCUUUUCGCGGCUAUGAAAGCCGCCUCUCCUCCGCUUGUGCCAGAUAUAUGCACGUACAAUUCGGUCAUUCGUGUUCUUGUGAUUGGUGGGAGGGUGGCUGACGCUUUGCUGGUCUUUGAUGAAAUGAAGUUGGCUGGGAUCCACCCAGACGUGUUCACUUACCACGCGGUUGUGGAUGGGUGCUGCAAGAGUUUCAGGAUGGAUGACGCGCUGCGUAUGUUUCAGGAGAUGCGCGGGGGCACCAGGCUGAAGGGGGGUGUCGUGGUGUACAAUUCACUUCUAAAUGGACUCUUCAAAGCAAAGAGGCUUGAUGAGGCAUGCGGUUUUUUCGAGACAAUGGUGGCGGAUGGGAUCCAAUGCUCAGCGAGCACACAUAACACUGUGAUCGAUGGGCUGUUCAAGAACGGGAGGGCAGAAGCAGCAUGUCGGCUGUUCUAUGAGCUAAGGAAGAAAGGUCAGCUAUUGGAUGGGAUUGCGUACAGUAUCAUGGUAAGGGAGUUCUGCAAGGAGGGGACAGGGGACCAAGUUGCAGAGGCAGUCAGUUUGGUGAAAGAGAUGGAAGAGCGGGGCUUUGUUAUUGAUUUGGUUACCGUUACAUCAUUACUUCUAGGUUUUAACAAGAGUAGACGGUGGGAUUUGGAAGAGAAGAUAGUGAAGAUCAUAAGAGAUAGCUCUGUCUUGCCAGAUGCCAUUCGAUGGAAGUCCAACAUGAUGGAUGCCUUGACAGGACCACAAGAUAGAGCGAAAGAUAGAACAUCAAUCUUUCCAUUUGAUGGUAAUAUGAACGAUGUGAUGAGUUUGCUCAAUCCUGCAGUAUGCACUGAUACAAAUGAAGGAACCACACAUAAUGAACCCAAGGAUGAUUGGUCUUUGUCCCCACACUUGGAUCAUCUUGCCAAACAUGCUGAUCAUUCAAAUAAUUCUGCUAUAUUUACAGUGCACAGAGGUCAGAGGGUGGAAGGCAUGGGGGGUAAAACUUUUGAUGCUGACAUGGUUAAUACAUAUAUGUCAAUCUUUUUAGCCAAAGGGAAGUUGAGUGUAGCCUGCAAGUUAUUUGGGAUCUUUACAAAUCUGGGAAGGAAAGGGACAAGUUAUACAUACAAUUCACUGAUGACCUCAUUUGUCAAGAAGGGGUAUUUGAAGCAGGUCUGGGCAGUUCUUCAUGAGAGGGGUGGACAGCUCUGCCCCAAUGAUAUAGCAACAUACAACCUGAUAAUACAAGGUCUUGGCCAGAUGGGAAAAACAGAGGUAGCUAGCUCAAUCAUGGAACAAUUGUCAAAGAAAGGUGUUUACAUGGAUAUUGUUAUGUACAACACUUUGAUCAAUCAAUUGGGAAAGGUCGGAAAGGUUGAAGAAGCAAACUGUUUGCUUGAGCAGAUUAUCACAAGGGGCAUGAAACCAGAUCUUGUUACUUUUAAUACCUUGAUCAAUAUUAAUGUGAAAGCUGGUAGGUUGAAGGAAGCCGACAAGUAUUUGAGGAGGAUGAUUGCAGAAGGCAUUGCUCCAAAUCACGUGACGGAAACAAUAAUGAUUUUCCUUGAUAAGGAGAUUCAAAAGAAAAAACAGCAAUCUAAAUGAACUACCAAAAAAGCACGAAUAAUAUCAGUGCAACGAAGGCUUUUUCAAGAUACUAUAUUGGCGAAAAUGUAAAGAUGCAUAAGCAUGGUAAUGUUGGAAAGUCCGUUGAAGAAUGCUUCCUUAGAUCAUUGAAUGACGGGAGUAUGUACCUAGAACUACAGGUGUUUUUCUUUAUGUUUUUCAUUUUUCGUAUGUGAUUUAUGAAGUCAUGUACUGCACAUGUAUCCUAAUUUUAUUAUAGAAGUGAUAUUGUAUGAAACAUACAAAUGCCGUGUGAUAUUUGAUAUAUGAAUAUUUGGACGGCCA